CACUGGCAGUCAAACGUCAAAACCUAAUUCGCAAUUUUCAUCGAGGUUCCUUCCUAUUGCUAUCAAAUCAAAUAAAUAUCCAGCAAGAUAAUGAAGAUAAACAAGUUUUCAACAUGUCGAUUGCAACAUUGUCAGUGACCAAAGUCGUUCUCACACGUUAGUCGCGCGUGCCGACGAAAUGUACUGUUUGCAAUGGCUGAUUCCCGUGCUGCUGAUUCCGAAACCCGUAAACCCGGCGCUCGUGAACACGCACGUAAUGUUCAUGGUGCUGUACCUCAUAGGGUUCUUCCUGGAACGGAAGCCGUGCACCGUGUGCAGCGUUGUUUUCCUCGCUGCAGUCAUACUCAUCUGUUAUAGCGGCAUCGGUAACUGCGUGUUUUGGGCGACACAGUGCGAAGCGGAGAAAUACGACACCUAACGCGCUUCCAAAGCCACCAAAGUGUUAAGUUUAAAAAAAAAUCAAGUGUUCCUCUCGCGAAAUGGCGGAAAAAUCGCGACGCUCCAAGGGCCUCGAUUAUGCCUUGAAAAUGUGAAUGUCUCUUUUUGUACAUUUUUUGUAUAUAAAAUGUAUUUUUAUUAUUUCAUUUUUUGGUGAGUUGUUAUGGCUACAGCAGUGUCCAGCUGUAUGAGACAUGCAGAUCUGUACUUAUGUAUCUCAACUUUUAAGUUGGUUAUUAUUGACAUGAUUAUAUUUAAUGUACAGUUAUUGUUAGUUACAUAUUGAUUACUUUGAAAUAUAACUUGGGACUAAA